AUAGUCCGUUUAAAGAGCCGCUCAGAGUCCGCAUGCUCUGAAUUCCCUCCACAAGAACGCCCGGCCGAAAGGACCAGUGAAGCACGCCGUGUUCUCCAAAGUCUCUCUCACGGUUUAUUUUUCUCUCUGACAAGACAAACACAUUCAGACAUUAGUCAAUAUGGGACUCUAAACAGUCAUACUCGUCUGGUGGGUUUCCGCGCUUAUAAAAGAAAGGAAAAUAGACAGAAUGUGGUUUUAGUGUCCUUAUGAUGCAGCUGACACAAUGACACGAUCCGUGGGUUCCGUGGGUUCUCUCCGCAGGCGAAGAUCCGGAGAAUGAUGGACGAGAAUAAUCAGCUCGCUCAGCGGAUCGAUGGCGCGAUCCAGUGCGCGAGUCAGGAGGUUGCGAACCUGCGCGCGGAACUGACAGCCACCGGCCGCAGACUGGCGGAACUUUGCGAGUUGGAAGAACCGGGCGAACCGCAGGAACAUCAGCAGCAACAACAGAACAACCACGAUGCACCAGUGCAAAGGCAGAAUGCUUUGACUGAGCUUAGUCAAAAAGGUGACAUUGUUAUCCAGGAUACAUCCUUAGAUAAAGUGCUGUUGCAUGAGGAGGUGGUGCGUCUGCAGGAGGAAGUGUCUGUGUUAAAGCAGGUGAGGGAGAUGUUGAACCGUGAGCUGGAGGAGACGGGAGGAGGCUGCUCUGUGGAGCUGCUCUCUGUCUCACAGCUGCGAGUGCAGUUGACGCAGAAAGAGCAGGAGCUCGACAGAGCCAAGGAGGCAUUACAAGCAAUGAAGGCUGACCGGAAGCGUUUGAGGAUGGAGAGGACUGAUCUCGUAAAUCAGAUGCAGCAGCUAUACACAACACUGGAUAGCCGUGAGGAGCAGCUACGAGACUUUAUACGCAACUAUGAACAACACCGAAAAGAGAGUGAGGAUGCGGUGAGAGUCUUAGCCAGAGAAAAGGAUCUGUUAGAGCGGGAAAAAUGGGAUUUACGUCGGCAAACCAAAGAGGCCACUGAACACGCCAGUGAGCUCCGCACUUCACUGGACCUGAAAGAGAACAGGAUCAAAGAGCUGGAGGCUGAACUAACUAUGAUGAGUAACUUUAUGGCUCAGAAACUAGAGAGCCGCGUUUUCGUUCGCUCUCCAGAAAGACCAGCCUCUCCUAAAAACAUGUUGGCAAAACAGUCUUUGGCUACGCUCACUAAGGAUGCUCCUAAGCGACACUCGCUGGCCAUGCCUUCAGAUACUGUCGUCAACGGCAACCAAGAGUGGGCGAUGCAUGCAGAGCUUCCUCUGACUGCUGCGAUACGACAGAGUCAACAAAACCUUUACCACUCGAUGGACAGACAGGUGUUGAAAGUAUCGCAGUGUGUGUGUGAUGCUGAUAGUGUCAGUAUGAUGUCAUCGUCUGCAGCCAGGAUCAGUCCCUGUCACUCCAAACAAGCGUCAAUCAUCUCGGAUGCCUCUGUAAUGGAGGGAGAGAGGUCGUUAACAACAUCAGACUCACCACGACAUAGAACACACUCUCUCUGCAAUUCUCUGGAGGAUCUCGAGGAGCAGAGACGCCGGAAGAAAAAGGAAAGGAUGGGGCUGGGCUCUCUGUCACGGGUGUUUGGUCGAGGAAAGCAAAGGAAGUCCCUGGACCCCACUCUGUUUGAUGAUUCGGACAGUUUAUCAAGCCCCGCACGCCUCAGUGUGAGCCUCUCAGAAUGCGAGAAGCUGGACCGGCUUCAGCAGGUGGAGCUCGCGCGCACGGUGCCCAUGUCCCGCUGGCGCGCUGGAACUGUGCAGGCGUGGCUGGAGGUGAUCAUGACCAUGCCCAUGUAUAUCCGGGCCUGUGCAGAUAACGUCAAGAGUGGCAAGGUCUUGUUAGUUCUUACUGAUGAUGACCUGGAGUCUGUUUUGGGUAUCAGUAAUUCAAUGCACCGUCGGAAACUCCGUCUGGCCAUCGAGGACUACAGGGAUGCAGAAUCAGGACAUGGGCUUUCUAAAGCAGCAGAUAUGGAUCAUCACUGGGUUGCUCAGGCAUGGCUGACUGAUGUUGGUCUCCCUCAAUACUCUCAGUUUUUUCACACUCACCUAGUGGACGGGCGUCUCCUGAGUACACUCACAUGCACUGACUUAGAAAAACACAUGCAUGUGUCUAAAAAAGCCCAUCAGAAAAGCCUGCUUCUGGGAAUACAGCUGCUACACUCUCUCAACUUUGACAAAGAGAUUCUGCAAUCCAAGCGAGCAGAGUGUGAAAAUCAAAAUGUAGAUCCUGUGGUGUGGACUUGUCAUCGCAUCAUCAAAUGGAUUAAAGAGAUUGAUUUAAAGGAGUUUGCUGACAGCCUAGAAAAUAGUGGGGUUCAUGGUGCAGUCAUGGUGUUGGAUCCCUCCUUCAGCUCUGAUACCAUGGCAACAGCUUUAUGUAUUCCAAGCAACAAGCAAAUGGUGCGCCAUCACCUGAAUGAAGAGAUGAAGGCCCUUGUCAGCGCAGCCAGGGCAGGACUCGAUCAGGAAGUUGAACCUUUGGGGACCCCACCGACACUACACCAGCAAAGUUCUCUAAGCAGGUCAUCACCCAUUUGCCAUGAGGAUCAACAGUCUUUAAGCAGGCAGCAGCUUGGUCUCAGCCCAAAGAAUUUCACUGGAUGGAAGAUCAGACACCUGAACAGGUCUGGGUCAUUUCCAAGGAAUGGACUUCAAGAAGCCUUUCUACAAAGAGAGCAUUGCCCAGUUCGACAUUUUUCGGCUGCUGAGCUCACAAAUGUCUGAGCCCUUUAAUCAAAAGUACUGCCGAAAAACAGGACACUUUCUUUGUGUUCCCAAAUGGGGUGAUGUUGUUUUAUGUUUUGAUGAAAACUCAAUGCAAGUUCACUUUAUUCAGAAAACACUCUUGGACUCUCUAUUUGCAGUGAAGGUCUUGGCAUCAUGUUGUAGGCCUUAUGUCAUUGUUAGUAUGGACUGUUAAAAGUGAGACAGUUUAAAAAUCAUGGAAUCCAUUUGAAAUGGCAAAUACACACAAUAUAUUAAUCAGUUUUGAUCUUAAGAACUUCUCAAUGAAAAUUGUGUCUACAUUAGAAAUUCUUGAUAAAAUGAAUAUUUUAAAAUGUAAUGCAUUUAUUUUAGAAAAUAAAAAUGUGAGAACAUUCGAUUUACAACCAGAAAAAUACUGUAAACUGUAGUGUAUAAUGUAGUUGAAUAUACAAUAAUUUUGUGGAUUUACAUAUCAACCUAUUACUGGUAUCAGAGUUUAGAUAAUCUUGUAGUUAAUAUUUAAUUAACAAUCAAGGUCAUCUUAAGCUGAUGCAAAGUGAAUAGCAUGAGUAUUUUUCUUCACCUUGAGAAGUGUCAUUUAACAAAUAUAUUAUCCAAAGCAGUAGAGUACACUCACAACACCAAACUGUAAGGUGCUUUAAAACCAACCAAGGGUUAAUUCCCAUUGCACAAGAACACAAUGAUAAUAGGGUAUUUUACCCAAUCACAUUGCAUGAUUUUGUAUAAUAUAAUGUUUCUUUAAAUUUGACAAUAAACACAUGUUACUUUUUAGUAAAUAUCAUGUAUAAAUUUAAUGUUGUUCAAACCCUAUUUGGGUUUCUUUCUUCCAUGGAACACAAAAGGAAAUGUUAGGCAGAAUGUUAAGCCUCAGUUACCAUUCACAUUUAUUGAAUCUCAACAAAAGAAAGGUGACUGAGAGGCCACGUUAACACAGCAGCAGAAUACGGUUGUCAGUCCUGUUUUGAGUGCUUAAUACGGUUGCAUUCACACACAGGAGAUUGACAACCGCAAAUUUUCAGGUUUCACUACUGCAUUCUUGCCAAACAUGUGCCGUGUGAACGGAACCACAUUGGACAACUAGUUGUAUGUUAUGUCAUGUAAAGUGAGAGACAGACAGCAGUGUACACACGUGUGUCUCGUUUGUUUCAUGUGGGGUUUCGUUAACUCACGGAGACAGAGAAAUUAGCUUUGUCAUCUGAAGAUUCAGCCGCUGUUUUCCACCAAAGCUACUCGGGGGCACGGACCGAGCGACAAAAAAGCUGCACUCUGCACAUGGUUAAGUAUGAUCUGAUGGAUGAACUCAUGAAUCAAUUGGAUUCAUUUAUUUAAUAACGCGUUGACAAUUGUGAUAAGACACACUGUUCUGUCGAAGUCUGUUCCAUCUAUGUUUCCCCUUAGGAUAGUGUCAAAGUCUGUCCCCCUGUGUUUCCCCAUAAGGUUAGUGUCGAAGUCUGUUCCCCCUAUGUUUCCCCUUAGGUUAGUGUUGAAGUCUGUUCCCCCUCUGUUUCCCCUUAGGUUAGUGUUGAAGUCUGUCCCCUUAUGCUCCCCUUAAGGUUAGUCUCGAAGUCUGUCCCCUUAUGCUUAGUGUCGAAGUCUGUUCCCCCUAUGUUUUCCCUUAAGGUUAGUUUUGAAGUCUGUUCCCCUGUGUUUCCAAUUAAGUUUAGUCUCGAAGUCUGUCCACCUAUGUUUCCCCGUAAGGUUAGUGUCGAAGUCUGUCCCCAUAUGUUUCCCCUUAAGGUUAUUGUCGAAGUCUGUUUCCAAUUAAGUUUAGUAUUGACGUCUGUUCCCCUAUGUUUCCCCUUAAGGUUAGUGUCGAAGUCUGUUCCCCUAUGUUUCCAAUUAAGGUUUGUGUCGAAGUCUGUUCCCCUAUGUUUCCAAUUAUGGUUAGUGUCGAAGUCUGUUCCCCUAUGUUUCUCCUUAGGUUAGUGCCGAAAUCUGUCCCCCUAUGUUUCCCCUUAUGUUAGUGUCGAAGUCUGUUCCCCUAUGCUUCCCCUUAGGUUAGUGUCGAAGUCUCUUCCCCUAUGUUUCCCCUCAGGUUAGUGUCGAAGUCUGUCCCCAUAUGUUUCCCCUUAAGGUUAUUGUCGAAGUCUGUUUCCAAUUAAGUUUAGUCUUGACAUCUGUUCCCCUAUGUUUCCCCUUAAGGUUAGUGUCGAAGUCUGUUCCCCUAUGUUUCCAAUUAAGGUUAGUGUCGAAGUCUGUUCACCUAUGUUUCCCCGUAAGGUUAGUGUCGAAGACUGUUCCCCUAUGUUUCCCCUUAAGGUUAGUGUCGAAGUCUGUCCCCAUAUGUUUCCCCUUAAGGUUAUUGUCGAAGUCUGUUUCCAAUUAAGUUUAGUCUUGACGUCUGUUCCCCUAUGUUUCCCCUUAAGGUUAGUGUCGAAGUCUGUUCCCCUAUGUUUCCCCUUAAGGUUAGUGUCGAAGUCUGUUCCUAUGUUUCUCCUUAGGUUAGUGCCGAAAUCUGUCUCCCUAUGUUUCCCCUUACGUUAGUGUCGAAGUCAGUUCCCCUAUGCUUCCCCUUAGGUUAGUGUCGAAGUCUGUUCCCCUAUGCUUCCCCUUAGGUUAGUGUCGAAGUCUGUUCCCCUAUGUUUCCCCUUAGGUUAGUGUCGAAGUCUGUUCACCCUAUGCUUCCCCUUAGGUUAGUGUCGAAGUCUGUUCCUAUGUUUCUCCUUAGGUUAGUGCCGAAAUCUGUCUCCCUAUGUUUCCCCUUACGUUAGUGUCGAAGUCAGUUCCCCUAUGCUUCCCCUUAGGUUAGUGUCGAAGUCUGUUCCCCUAUGCUUCCCCUUAGGUUAGUGUCGAAGUCUGUUCCCCUAUGUUUCCCCUUAGGUUAGUGUCGAAGUCUGUUCACCCUAUGCUUCCCCUUAGGUUAGUGUCGAAGUCUGUUCCCCUAUGUUUCCAAUUAAGGUUUGUGUUGAAGUCUGUUCCCCUAUGUUUCCCCUUAAGGUUAGUGUCGAAGUCUGUUCCCCUAUGUUUCCAAUUAAGGUUUGUGUCAUAGUCCGUUCCCCUAUGUUUCCAAUUAAGAUUAGUGUCGAAGUCUGUUCCCUGUUUCUCCUUAGGUUAGUGCCGAAAUCUGUCCCCCUAUGUUUCCCCUUACGUUAGUGUCGAAGUCUAUUCCCCUAUGUUUCCCCUUAGGUUAUUGUCGAAGUCUGUUCACCCUAUGCUUCCCCUUAGGUUAGUGUUGAAGUCUGUUCCCCUAUGUUUCCCCUCAGGUUAGUGUCGAAGUCUGUUCCCCCUAUGUUUGAUGUUUAAUGGCGCUGUCGAAGUCUGUUCCCACUACAGACUUCUUACAGUCACUGUCACUAUGGUUACAGCAGUUAGAAUACAGUUGUUCGUUCAUAGAGACAUCAUUCAAAAUGCUACUGUACACUGUUGUAUGAACAGGACAUUUCACAAAUGACACCUGUAAGUAAGUAAAUACAGUUGUCAAUCCCAAACUCUGACUUUGUGAAUGUAGCCAGACAUUCUGCAAAACAUCUUUUUUGUUCCAUAAAAAAGGCCAUAUGUUUUUGUAACAACAUGAAGGUGUGUAAAUGAUGACUGAAUUUUCAUUUUUUAUGGAACUAUUCCUUCAAAUUGUAUUUGUCCCUUCUACAUUUUUGUCCCAUUUAUCCCAGCACA